UACUAUUUCGGAGUUGGGACUGAGCUCUGCUCACUGCUCGCGUCCAACAAGAGGUGCCCCCCAAAUCCACUCACGCACGCACAAAUCCAGCACCAUCCAAGCAAGCAAGUGCCAAAUCCAAUCGGGACUAGCGGCGGCGGCAUCCACCGGAGCAGGGGGCCUGCCCGCGCGGCGGUGGUGGCUUCCCCUGUUCCUCCCUUUCAGGUCCACGGGCCGGGCCGCGCGAUGGAGGUGGGCGGUGGAGCGCCGGAGGAGCCGCGGCCUCGGAGUCGGAGCAGGAGGCAGCCCCACCGCCUCCGUGGCGCAUACAAGCGGCUGCUUCUGCUUCUAUCUAGGGUUUCAGUCGGCCUCCGAAUCCAGUCGCACAAAAAAAAGCUCAACAUCGACCAAGGUGAGGACAGAAUCAGCGCGCUCCCGGACCAUCUCCUCCUCGGAAUCCUCGAGCGCCUCGACCUGCGCGACGCGGUACGCGCCGGCGCAGCCUCGAGGAGGUGGAGGCACCUCCCCCACCGGCUCUCGCGCCUGCACCUCGACGUCCGCCACUUCCACGGCGCCUUUCCGGCCGCGAUCAUGGAGGAGUUCACGGCCGCGACGUGCAGGUUACUGUCUCCGCCGGCCGAGCGCGAGUGCGCUCUCAAGACCCUCGUCCUCGACUUUUUCCCUGUGUCGGACGACCUGAGCACCCUCGGACGCGCCGUCGAGGACCUUGUCACCCACGGCGAGACUGAAUGUCUUGAAUUUCACAUAUGCUCGCCGUACGAGAUCACCACUGGCCCGCAGCGUGCCGAGCUGCGGCAGCGGUUCAUGUCCUUCUCCCGUGCCUGCCCCGUCGCCUUCGGGUGGCUCACCAAGUUAACUCUCAGUGACCUCGCGUUUCGACAUUCUCAAGUCACCGACCUCAUCGCCUCUUGCGAUAGGCUCAAGCACCUUGCCCUGAGUUUCUGCUCGCUGGACCACUCGCCGCUCAAGAUUGACGCCCCGCACUCUGGGAUCCAGGAGCUCGAGUUCAUCAAUUUUGCAUGCACACGGAUCGAGCUCGUCUCUGUCCCUAAGCUUAGGAAAGUGUGCUGCCUAUCUUGGCUCUGCAAGAACCCCCCGGUGCGCUUCGGCUAUGUUCCAGAGCUUAAUGAUAUAAGUCUCCGUCCUCUUGACAAGGCAUGGCAUGCGCCAUUUGCUUUGAGCGAGUGCCUGCCAAGGAGCGCCAGGAAUCUGUCUAAUUUGUGUCUUGUUUUUUUUUUUUUGAAACGAGGCAAAGACUUGCCAUUUUCAUUGAUUAAGGAGUGAGAAUUGUCCGGUUAAUUGACGGAAAACCGGGCUAAAACCAAUACAAUCCAAUCCAUAUAACAUGGGUACCACCGGCCAACCUGGCCACCGACAUGGGAUCACGGAGCUACAAAGAUAGCUGCACCGAAAACAUGACGGCACAUGCCAACAGAAGGCCACACGUGUCUUGGUUUUGGCUCCCAAAUGGUAUGUUAAAUUAAUUUCGUCGUGCGUGCCACAUGAAUUUUUCUUCUCCGUCUAAAUAUUGCACGUUUCUCUUCUUCUCUAACUAUUUCACCUCUCUACUUGUGUUCCUCUUCUUGCUGUAGAUUUGGAUUCAGCCGGAGCAUUCGAAGCACCUCACUGCCACGCUCCGCAACUUGACUUCUGUGGUGCUUCUCGGUAUCUUUCCUGAGUGUGAUCUGAGCUGGACCCUGUUUAUCCUUGAAGCUGCACCUGCCCUGCAGAAUAUCGGUUUGUCUCGAGUUCGACAUCCAUGUUUCAACAUACCCAAGGACAGUGCUGAGGAGGCCACCGUGGUGUGGGAAUCAUCCAAGGAUUUGAAGCACCUGAACUUGAAGUGGCUCCAGAUAAUUGGGUUCGAGGAGGAAGACAAGGUGAUAAAC